GUUGUGUUACGUUUGAUCGUUAUUUUACAGAUUUGAAAUUAUGUGAAGCUUUAUUAAGUAGAAAGAUGACGUCAGUCGGAGUUGUCGAACACAGACGGUCUUUCGUACCAAAUGAAUUGAAGAUUUGUCGAAAACAAUUACAUUCAUCAUGGUUUUAUUUUUCGGAAUCAUCUAUGUUAUUAUCAUAUCAAGCAAAAGAAAAGAAGAAACCUGUUAUUAUGUUAUCAUCAUUACAUAAGUUGCCAGAAACAUUCGAUGAUGACAAAAUCUUACCAUGUGUAAUCCACGACUAUAAUCAAACAAAAUGUGGAGUAGAUGUUAUUGAUCAAUGUAUCAAUCAUUACACGGUGCGUCGAAUUACCCGUCGAUGGCCAAUGAUCGUAUUUUAUAAUCUCAUUGAUAUUGCAACAACAAACGCAAUGACAGUUUGGUUAUGUCAAAACUUGGAUUGGAAUUCGAAAAGGUCUAAUACUCGACGUAUAUUUUUGACACAAUUAGUUAAACAACUUGCACACCAACAAAAUCAACGUCGUAGUGAAGAAGCUCGUCUGAAACCCAAGGUGAAACUAGCUUUAUCAUCAUUUGGUUAUAGCAUUCGUCCGGAAAGCUUAAAAGAUGUUAAUACUAAUGUUCAAUUAGAUCCAAUUAAAAAAAGGUGCUAUUUAUGUCCAGCAAAUCCUGGACGAAAAGUUCGACAAACAUGCAACAAUUGUGGGCUCCAUGUUUGUCUAUCACAUUCAAAGAAUAUUACAAUGGUCACGUGUCAGACAUGUUCAGAAAAAUAA